CCUCUCAGCUCCCAGGUGCACAAGGACUCCAGAACAACCUUGUCUAAACUUACGGACCAAACCCUUCACUGAAAUCCUCUAUUGUAGGUAGUAGUUCUUUCGUGUCUUGACUUCAGGUGUUUCUUUAGGUAUCUGCAGCUUUACAGCAGCUCUUGAUUAGAGCGAGGCGAUUAACCGUUGUGUGGUGAAUUGCAGAAUGCAUGGUUUUUAAAAUAAAGCCAACAAGAACACCUGUGGAGGGGAGAAAAAACAUCUGAGGCGUUGAGGUUGCCUCCGCUGCAAGGAAGAUAUAAAACAGACCCUGCGUUGCACCAGCACAGCUGUGACAGAGCAAACCCACACUGUGCAGCCAGGCCUCAGGGCUGCGUUCCCGCCACUGCGCAGCCUGAGGCUGAGAGGGCAGCAUGGCGGCGGGGGGCAGCCGUGGGGACCCCUUGGCCAUAGAGCCACUGCCUGAGCCCCAGCCCGAGAUGUCCCUGGCUGAGGGGCUCGGGGGGGACCAGGAGCAAAUGGCAGAGAUUCAAUUUAAAAUUCUAAGAGGGCACGGUGAUACUGUGAGUUCCUGCCAUUUUUGCUGUGAAGACUCAAAAGUACUUUCGUGCUCUCAUGACAGAACAGUGAAGCUCUGGGAUGUUGCCAAAGGAUUUCCUGUUCAAAUUUUUGAAGAACACACAGCCCCAGUUUCUGAAUGCAACUUGAGUCCUGACGAUAGAAGGAUGGUGACAUCAUCCUAUGAUAACACUGUCAAGACCUGGGAUAUGGAAACAGGAAAAGUGCUUUGGACAAUAGAACAUGAAGGCAUCGUAACUUCAUGUAAUAUUUCCCACGAUGGCAAAUAUGUGGUAUCUGGCUCAGAUAAAGGCAAUGCCAUAUCUGUUUUUGAUGCAGUAAGUGCAACAGAGGUGGUAUGUGUCCAAGGUCAUCACAGGAGUACAAUCACAAGAUGCUGUUUUGAUCCUGAUAAUCAGAGGGUGACUUCAGUAUCAUACGAUAAGACUAUAAAGCUGUGGGAUAUGGUAGCUCGAUCCACCUCCAUUACAAUUAAAGAGGGACACAGCAAUGCUAUCUCAGAUUGUUGCUUUACAUCUGAUGGUCGAUACUUAUGCACAGCAUCCUGGGACAGGAGCUUAAAAAUAUGGGAUGUAAAGACAGGAGAAUUUUGGAGUCGUGGACCUGUUACCUUGAACCAGGGACAUGAGGGUUCUGUUAGUUCCUGUUGCUUUAGCCAAGAUGCAUCACUUGUAGUGUCUGGUGGAUAUGACAACGCUAUAACCAUAUGGGAAACAGAUGCAGGAUAUAAGAAGUUAAGCUUAAAGGGCCAUUGGGACUGGGUGACAGACGUUGCAAUUAGUGAAGACAAGAAGUGGAUUCUUUCAGCCUCAAAGGAUUCUACUUUGAGACUGUGGAAUAUUGAAAGGAUGGAUCGCAUACCUUCAGUGAUAGAAAGCAGAAAAGAAAAAGGCUCAAAAAUUGCUCAGUGUGAAGAAUGUGAACGACCUUUCUUAAGCCUGCAGCAUGCUGGCUUUGAAGUGAUAUCCAAGUGUGUAUUCUGUCGUCUGUCUUCUCCAGCAAGAAGUAUUUUGCCAUUGCCACCUUCCAUCCCUCCUGAUCUUUAAAUUCAUAUGACAGUCUUUGGAUGUUAACAUAUGUAAGUAUAAAUUCAACCUUCACGGGAUUCCUGCCACAGUGUGUGCUGAGCUCUCAUUAUGGUCUGUGGAAACUAUGGAGCACUGAGUUUUUCUGAAAAUCUCUUGAUAAUAUUUUAACACAGGUAUUUGAGAACUCUCAUCUGAAUAACAUUUGUUAUGACACAACUAUUGAUUUGGUAUUGUUUCUGGGUGACUUUUUAAACAAAUGGUUUUUUUUAUUAUACAUGCUAUCUACUUAAAAACGCUGCUCUUUUUGUCCUAUGAAAGCAAAAUUUAAUGGUUGAAGGUAUGGUAAUAGCAAAUACAGCCUCUUGUACCUGUAAUUUCAUUUGAUGCUUCUCCCUGAAUAAACUUACUAGAACAUCGUAGCCCAGGAACAAUUAAUUAUAGUUUCUCUAAUUAUUGAUUUGAGUGAAUGUAGGUUUUUGUGAAAAAAAAAGGUCUUAUAUGAACUAAUCAAUUAAUUUCUGGUUCUGACUUUUGACAAAUUAUAUGACUAUGUAUCCUGCCUUCCUGUUAGAACAUUUGCUGUCAGUAACAAAACAAUCUCCAAACCACAUUGAAGUCAUUCUGUUUGGCCAGCCCUAAGAGGCUGUUUUUUUUAGUACUACACCUUCUUUUUGUUGUGCAUUUUCCCCUUAAUUAACAUUUUAAUUUGCAUUUUCAUGCAGAACAGAAUUAAUCACCAAAAUAAACAUGUUUUCCCCUUUGAAAUGGGCUAUGCUCUUCCACUGAGUGCUUCUCGUGGUCAUUUGGUUUGUCUUUAUAUAAUAGCUAUGCUUUAUCUUAAUUGAGCAGCAUACCCAUAGCCCAUUAUUUCCAUAACUUUUAAGCAGCCAAAAUCCAACUUUUUACAGUGUUAUCUAUAUUAGCUGCAUUCUAAAAUUAUUGCUUUUUUCUCUUAAUAGAAUGUAAUUUAAAGUGUAGGAACUGUGUGUCCUUAACCACAAUAACUGCAAAUGCAUGUGUGAUGAAGGCUGGGAUUCUGCAGUCUGUACAGCUGCCAUUAUCACAUGGCAUCCUUUUCUUUAGGCUGAGGAAACGUAUCCCAGGUAUUUGUUGCAAAUUCCUUUUGGCCGUGGCCAAAAUCUGCCUCUGUUCUAGGAUGGCGAGAGAGGGUGACCUUCUUUCCAUGUUCUUUCCACAAGGCCAAGUGCUGUUCCUGCUGGCAGUCUGUCUGACUGCGCUCUGUGGGAACGUAACUGGGAAGAUUAGGGGAGAAUGAAUGAAUUAGUAACUGCAAAGGCAAACGUGGAAUGAGCAGAGCCAAGAGCUACCAUGAGUUGGCCCUUUAAACAGUGCUAGUAAGACCCAUGCCAUUAUAACAUGAUGCAAUGGUCCAGAUUCAGGUCAGUAAUAAAAAUAAGAGAAGGAUUUAGUCAUUUGGUUUAAUACCAGCUUGUUGAAUCUCUGAUUCAAUCAUUUCCAAAUGAUUUCACAUAAAUUGAUUACAUGGUUGCUGCUGGUUUCUGUAUUUCAGCAACUUUGAACAUGUGGCCCUCAGGAGAGCUUAAAAAUAGAUUUGGGGCUGUCUUGGCACCAGUGGCUUUAGGUCUGCCUGACACUGAUCAGAGCUAAUUUGCCUGCAGAGCCCUGGGCUGGUACUGUGCAAUCUGAAAUCUAUCCAAGCCUUUGCUCUGUCUCUGUUCUUCCCUGUGAAGAACCUGAGGAAGAACAUUCACUAAUGGCUGCUGGAGUGACAGUGCUUUGAAGAAAACAGCAUACGUUAUUCAGUGAAUGCAAGUAUUUCGGAAAUGAAAUUACGUUGCGGUUAUAUUGAGAAUCUGAAUGCUUGCACGUCAAGAUUUGUGUUUCACUAAUGUUAUUUGCAUUACCUUUUUGUCCCCUGAACUCUGGGCAUUACAGAAUACCUAUGGAGCCCUUCUGUACUGGAAUGCACUGGGUAAAUUGCCCGCAGAUCCAUCUAGAACUGUGCGGAGCUCAGUGUGAGUAAUUGUAAUUGUGUCCAACUGGGAUUACUGUACUUUCAGAAAAUCUAUAGACAUGAGAUGAAAUAUUUAAAAUCCCUCGCCAGUUAAAUAUUUGCCACGGGCCUCACUUUGGAGAAAUGGGAAAGCUCUGUGAUUCAUACGUCCAUGCUGUUGCAGUCGGUGGGCACUUCUUUGCCAUUACGCUCAGUGAAUGCAGGGUUGAGGAGAAAUGAGCUAACACAGAGCACCCAAGUUCUUUGCAGUAGGGGAAACGAGAAGCACUGAAUUCACAAUUGCUGCACCUCCGGCUGAGUAAAUGGAUCGAUGCCAUAUUGUGUAAUGAAAUAAUGUUAUUAAAUACUGGCUCUUUGGAUUAAUAUUUCUUUAGCAUAACACCAUUUGAUGGGCAUAAAUAGUACCUUGUAUAGUUGAGUAGAAGAACAUUGCUUAAUAAGAUAAAUAAACAAUUAUUGUAAUUAAUUUCACUUUUGACAAUUGACAAGUUACUGUAAGAAUAAUAUUAUAAGUACAUAGGUUUGUUUUCCUGACUUGCUUGGUAUUUAUAAGUGAGCUGCUAUAUUUUUUGCUGCACAACAGCAUAGGCAUGAAUGCAUACAAUUUUUUUUGUUCAUUUGUUCCAAGAUGGUCUGUGAAAAAUGAUAGAUUCCUAAAAGUUAAUUACAGUGAGCUCCCAAAUCAACUGGUUGGUUGAGUUACUAACUGAAAAAUCAACACAACCUGUCUAUAAAUAAUUCUGAAAAGCACAAAUAUAAUAUAAAUGCACUGACAAAUAAAUACUAAUUCUUUUAUUGAAAUACUUUUAAAACUGGUUUAAUCUUCACAAUGCCUCCCCAGAUGCUGGCACAACAAGGAGUGUGUUGCCAUGGGAAGAAGUGCUAUAAUGAGGAAUAUUUGAGCACUGAUAGCUGUAAAUGCAUGUAAUGCUGGAUCUAUAGGCAGUUUCUGUGCUAUGUAUAUUGCGUUACCCUGCACAUCUGUACAAAGAUCAAAGGAUAUUUCUGUUAUCUACUUUUGAUUUAGAAUUUCUGACUCUGCAGGUUCUGUCUACCUGUUUGACUGCUUUUUGUUGUGGUGAAUUCAUAAACGUGUGAAAUAUAAAUAUAGAGAGACCUCUUUACACACUUUUCUUUCAUUGUUGCUUGUUGCAGCUGCUACUCUAGAUACUGGUGAGUGUUUUUGUAAGUUGAUCUAUUGUACAUUUUCCAAUUUGAUUUCCUUAUUUUUCAAUAAUUUAGUUGGCUUAUCAAUCUGGCACCUUCGUCUCCCACUCGAUUAAGGGAAUAACCAGAAUGAUUUGACAGCCACGUAACUAUCCUGGGAAGGGAUGACAUCUCUGGGCAGCAGUGCACGCAGCCAUGCCACUGUUGCCCUCGAGGAUAAAUAAACAAAUGUCAGCUCAGGGGAGCACCAUUGAUCCUGCAUGUGGAGUUGAUGAGUAUGAAAGAGGAUCUUGGAUGACUACCUUCAGAAAAAGGGACUUACAAGGACCAGAAUUUUCUUUUAUUUUUCUUGACUUAAUUUCUCAGUUUUUGACAAAUAUUUUACUUCUUCUGGCAUCAUAUUUCCAUAUUAUGUUGUACUGUAACAAUGUAUACAAUUGUGUAGUCCAGAUCCCAAAUCAUACGAAAGAUUUAUCGAAUACCUCAUGAAAGUUUUGUGAAAACCAAUACCCUGUUCUCAUAAAAUAGUUUCAAUCUCUAAAUUGCCAGAUAUCUUUUUGGUUUUAAUUCUCUCCAAGCACAUUUGUAGACAAUGUGCAUAUGAAUUUAUGGAACUGCUAUCUUGUUUAUUCUGCUGCUUUCUUACAAUGUGGUUAUUACACAAUUGUUGCAAUGAUUUUUUCCUUCACAUUCUUCAGCUCAUUUACCACAAGCUCUUCUUUAUUCUUGGUCAGAAUGUACAACUGGCAGCCAUAGCUGUGCUGUGCCUAAUAAGUCACAGUUAAAAGCUAUAUUGGAUUAUUUGGUUCUUUUUAUGCAAAAGAAAAUCCGACUUCCCAUGCUUUUAUGCUUCAUUGAAGAGUGAAGCAGCUUUGAUUCUUCUGGAAAUCUGACAUUUAGUUUUGCUCCACAGUUUAUUCCUAUUCUCUGUUCUUUAUUUUCUCAGCCCUUUCAGUAGUGUGGUCUGAAUAAGCAUGUUCAUUUGUUGUCAUGUUAUUCAUUUUUAUAUUAGUCAUUAUACAAUGAGUUCACUUGCACACUUCAGACAGCUUUAAUGUGUUUGAGGUUUUGUACGCAGCCUAAUACUGAAAACUAGCCUAGGCAACAAGGAAUAGAGAUGAAAUUGUCACACCUUCAGGGCAGGUACGAUUUCCUAUCUAUAUCUACCAACCCCCUAUCCCUGACCACAUGCUUUCAGUUUUUAUUUGGAACACUGAGUGCUUAUACUGUACUUCUUCUUGCUCCUGCAGCUAACGGUCAUAUCACGAAGGUGCCAGAGAGAAGCAUUCAUUGAUUCACAGCAGCACAGCAAAUAUUCCAGAGCGUUUUCUAUCACAGGAGCAUACCUCAUGACUUGUAGAAAUCAACACGUCCUGCAUCUCCUUAACUAUAUGAAAGAACAGCCAGAAGAAAGAAAUCAAUUUAGCAUCUUAGUUGUUCAUGUUCAUGGAUUUACCAUUGGUGCGUAGUGCUUUUCCAGUACAUGAUAAGAACGAGCAUCACCGCAGCCUGAAUCAAUCCAUAUGUAGUUAUUAAAUGGAACUGAUGCUGCUAAGCUGCACAAUGGCUGUGCAGUGGGACUGGGAAGCGGCUGAAGGAUCCAGGAGCUGGGACUGCAGUGUGCUGCAGGCACCACCACAUCUGGUUGGCAGGUGACAGCCUACUACCUUGUGAAACAAUGGACAUAAUUGCUGGCAUGAAGCAGUGCCAUGAGAUUACACAUUUGAAACUGAAUCAUGAUGAAAAUAUUUAAAGGCAAAAAGAAGAGAGAAAUGAAACAGUGCUGCUUUUGGCCUGGCUUUCUCUAUUGUUCAGAAUGACAUGCUGUGCAAUGGAACUUAUUUGUAAAGUGCAGUUUAACAAUUUUGAUAAACAACUCUGAUAAGCUUCCUUAAGUUAUUUCCACAAAGAUUAGAAAUGAAGACAAUUCUGAUCUUCUUCUGUAAUUAUUCUCUAUGAUUCAAAACUCUGAUCUCAGUAACACCAUUCAAUAAUCAGGAGUCCUAAUUUAUGCACUUAAUGGAGCAGGUUAUGUGGACCUUUCUGUUUUGUUAAGAGUUAAGUAUAAAAAAUGAAGAUGCAAUUAAUGCUGCCUUGAAAAUAGUUACAGAGGAUGGCCCUUUCAAGAGAAAAUUAUUCUAUUUUUCAAGCAAUUACCCCAGUGUAAUUGCUACUCGUAUCAAGCAAACCAGAUUAUAAUACAAGCUUUUAUUGAACAUCAUAGCGCCACAAAGGAAUAUCACAACUUUGCAUUUUCUUUGGAAAAACCUGUACAUUGGAGACCUUAUUAUAGUAUUUUUCCAUCACAUACCUGGAUUCACUUUCCUGUCAUACCAAGGUGCUUAUAUAUAUUCCUGUCACAUUUAAUAAAACAGAUGUGAAUUACAAUGGUUCUCUUCAGCUCUUCAUAGAAUACAUGCAUAACAAAUUCCUAAGGAAGAAUAAGGAAAGCAGCUCCCUCUGAAGUUUAGUAAUGAUCUAUGAUAGAUCAAGACAGGAGUAGUGUUAAGGUCAGUACAAAAGUACCCUUGAGAAUUUUCUUCUUCCCUUUCAGGAAGAGUGUUGUUGUCACUAAAUGUAAACCUUAUUAAAUCCAGCCAGAAAGCACUGUGUGGUGGUGCAAUAUGAACUCUUAAAGUAAAGCCAGCAGUAAACCAUGUGAGAUUGAAACAAAUUAUGUAUGUCACUGAACUUAAUAUUUUCUAGCUGACUUUUCUUUAAUGCGAGAUUCAAAAGAGAACAGAGAUGAUGAAAACAUACAGGAUUUCAGGCUUGCUUAUGUACACAACUCUGUACUUGCUGCCUCUCCUUUGAAACUGAGUUAUGGUGGAGAAAAGAUAAAUACAACAAACUUGUGGAACAGGUAAUACUGGGGUCAUAGUUUAAAGAAAUCUCAACCAAAUUCAUGUAAUUCAAGAGUUGUUUAUAAAAGAAGCGUAAAUGUUUAUGAACUACAAAAAUCAGAUGCAGAUGGAAGUGACAUGAAGUAUGUAAUAAAAGUGCAUGUAGGUCAGUCUGGGACAGAUUACUCACAUGAACAGGAUAAGAUCUCAAGUUCCUUUGACUUUUUUAGUACUAAUAUCAAUGAAAUCCAUAAUCUUUAGUCAACACUGUUAUAUUGUUUUAGGAUGUCUUCAUCUUUACUACAUAUUUAAAAAUAUCCC